AUGAGAAAGGGGAUCCAGCCCGCCCUGGAGCAGUACCUGGUGACCGCCGGGGGUGGGGAGGGGGCGGCUGUUGCCGCCGCCGCUGCAGCCUCCAUGGACAAAAGGGCACUGCUAGCCAGCCCCGGCUUCCCCGCCGCCGCCGCCGCCGCCGCUGCUGCAGCCCCGGGCGCGUACAUCCAGAUCCUCACCACGAACACUUCCACCACCUCCUGUUCCUCCUCCCUUCAAAGCGGCGCCGUCGCCGCCGGCCCCCUCCUCCCCAGUGCCCCCGGCGCGGAGCAGACCGCCGGCAGCCUCCUCUACACCACGCCGCACGGACCCUCCAGCAGAGCCGGGCUGCUGCAGCAGCCACCAGCGCUGGGACGCGGCGGCAGCGGCGGCGGCGGCGGCCCUCCGGCAAAGCGACGGCUGGAGCUAGGAGAAAGCGGUCAUCAGUACCUCUCGGAUGGCUUAAAAACCCCCAAGGGCAAAGGAAGAGCCGCCCUGCGGAGUCCAGAUAGUCCAAAAACUCCAAAAUCUCCCUCAGAAAAAACACGGUAUGACACGUCACUUGGUCUGCUCACCAAGAAGUUCAUUCAGCUCCUGAGCCAGUCCCCUGACGGGGUCUUGGAUUUGAACAAGGCGGCGGAGGUGCUGAAGGUGCAAAAGAGGAGAAUCUACGACAUCACCAACGUGCUGGAAGGCAUCCACCUCAUUAAGAAGAAGUCGAAAAACAACGUGCAGUGGAUGGGCUGCAGUCUGUCUGAGGAUGGGGGCAUGCUGGCCCAGUGUCAAGGCCUGUCCAAGGAAGUGACCGAGCUCAGCCAGGAGGAGAAGAAAUUAGAUGAACUGAUCCAAAGCUGCACCCUGGACCUCAAACUGCUAACCGAAGAUUCAGAGAAUCAAAGGUUAGCUUACGUUACAUAUCAAGAUAUUCGAAAAAUUAGUGGCCUUAAAGACCAAACUGUUAUAGUUGUCAAAGCCCCUCCAGAAACAAGACUUGAAGUGCCUGACCCAAUAGAGAGCCUACAAAUACAUUUGGCAAGUACCCAAGGGCCCAUUGAGGUUUAUUUGUGUCCAGAAGAGACAGAAACACACAGUCCAAUGAAAACAAACAACCAAGACCACAAUGGGAAUAUCCCGAAACCCCCUUCCAAAGACUUGGCUUCAACCAACUCAGGACAUAGCGAUUGUUCGAUUUCUAUGGCAAACCUUUCUCCUUUGGCCUCCCCAGCGAACCUCUUACAGCAGACUGAGGACCAAAUUCCUUCCAACCUAGAAGGACCAUUUGUGAACUUACUGCCUCCCCUGCUCCAAGAAGACUAUCUCCUAAGUCUUGGGGAGGAAGAAGGCAUCAGCGAUCUCUUUGAUGCUUAUGAUUUGGAAAAGCUCCCGCUGGUGGAAGACUUCAUGUGUAGUUGAUUACACUUUGUGUGACCUCCCCUUAUAAACCAAUAUUUUUUUAUUAUGGAACCAGAACAUCUGUCAUGCAGUGUUGUCCCUUCCUACCUUCUUCCUCCGAGAUAGUAUCAUGAAGUAAACUACAAACUUCAGAACAAAGCUGACAUUUUAAUGAAUUAAAAAAAAAAAAAAUUUUUUUUUUUUGGUCUAAACGCACAGUCGCAGGCUCCCUUGGGAAAGCCCUGCUAUGCCCCAGGUUCCAAAAUCUCCUGGAUGAGUCAGCAAGUGAGAAAAUGUGCAAUCAGGUGUCUCUCACCCAUAUUUUUCUUCCCUCCCUCCCGGAUUGGCUUGCUGUGCCUGACGGAUGGGCUGUAGAAUGGGGUCUGGCCACCUGGCCCACUCGAAAACAGCAAUCUUCCUUAAUAGCAUUUCAAGCCGUGCCUUCUCCGCGGAAUGCAUGUCUUUGGGGUCUGCUCAUAUGGAUGGAACAGCAGGAACUGUAAACUUGAAGUCAUGCAAAAGUAUGAAAUGGAUUUCUUCAGCUCUUCUUAGGAAUAUUUAAAUUACUGUCAUAAUUCAGUGUAAGCUACAGACCUUGUGUGCCGCUAGGAGGUCAAGAGAACCUGCACAGCCUUUCGGAUGAAGAACCUGUUUUCCAAUAUUUGUUGCAGAUACAGAAGAACGGUAGAUCUGCCACUCGAAGCUGUUGUGGAUUUUCCUGUCUCCAUUAACCACUCCCACUCCCUUGCCCCCAAUGUAUUUGUAAGUUUAAAGUUGAUUUGUAGCAAAUGCUUACUUAGGAGUUUUCUGUGGAUUGUUUUUGCCUUUUUUUUUUUAAGCUGCCAUUUAAGCAUUCCUGUGGCACCCAGCACCAUUUCAAUUUAAUUGUUUACUUUGAAACGGUUUUUGCUAGUUCACAUUAUUUAAGCAGAGGUAGAGGACCGCUACUGAUCAGAGCAUCUAAACGUGUGUGAUCUAAGGUUUAACAGCCUCUGCAAGAAGCAUUGCCCCAUCUUGCUUCCUUUCCCAGGGCGGGGAGCUUGGAGCGAGUCAGUCCUGGGGCUCGCUCACUCGCUCGCUCGUAGACACGGGUGGCGCAUUUGAGAAGAGAACCAGGUCAGAUGACAUAGCAGUCCCAAGGAGCAGCAGGUGUGGAUCCCUCCGUCCUUGGGCUUCCUGGCCCUAGGAC